AGUUUUACUGCUUUGUGUGAUGGAUAUUUGGUAUUCCAGGCUUUAGUCAUGUUAGGCGAUGUUAUUGUAACUCAAUAAGGCGAUAAUUUGACUAUUUUUCCGGGAAAUCGCAAAGCAAUUGUACGAGUAGCCUAGAAAAUUAGAAGAGAUCAUCAGCAAACGUGUCGUGGCGUGUUUGGCGCACACUUUAUGUCCAUCGUAGGAAAGUUCAGAGCGACUUUCACCGUAUUAUUAAACGCAACCUUUCCAAGAACAGAGUGCCCCAUUUAUCGUAAUAUUCCUUGAAAUCAAAUUAUAGCGCGUGUGUGGCGAUGACAUAGUGAGACGUCAUAAUCACAAUGUACUGGAGCUAAAAGUUGCCCACCAGUGGCGAUUGCUUUGUACUGUCAGUGGUGGACACUGCCAGUGUCAAGGACACUUGCGAGUCCGUGGCCGCUGUCAGUAACGAAGCUCCUGUGCCUGCAUAAAACUCCCAUAAUGCUUUUUCAGUGUGUUGCAAAGUAGAAAUCAAAAGAGAAAAAAAAAUUCCUGUAAAGCUUCCCUGCUCUCGUCCGAGCUAAUUAUAUCUACGAUUCUGCAAUGCUCUUUGUGCAAUACGUGCUGCUUGACGUAUGACAGCACUGUCUAGCGCAUGAUCCAUCAGACAGUAUAGUGUGUAACAACCUCCAUUUCAUUUUAAUCAAUUUCACUAGUGAUGUAGUGCACUUGUUUAGUAUGUCACGGAAUGGCUCUGUGAAAUGAGACAUGUGGUAUGCAGUAUAGAAAGAGGAACAACUAAUAAUCCCCGAUACGACAGAAGAAGUCAAUCACAGGACUGGCAAAGCUUAUGCAUUAAUUUCUUUUUUUUUUGCAUCACCUAAGACACUAAGGCCUUCCAAUCAGGCUAAUGCAAUUACUGUCCGUUACCAGCGAUUCUUGUGAGCUAGAAAGUAGAGCGAGUUGGAUUAACGGGUAACUCUAGCACGUUGCGAGCGUAUACCACCAUAGGAAGAGGAAAGAACUAUACGCUGACACGAUAAAAAUGUGCGAAAACCAACCUGCAUGGCUUACUCACGCUAUAGAUUUGUUUUAAUGUGGGUGCAUUUUCUAAGUUUAGAAAUGUUGGUACAUGUUCAAGUAUGUUGAAGCAAAAGUUAGUUGCUGAUUGACAGGGCGUAGUCCUUCGAAAAAAACUGUCUUUCGCGUAUGGUGUUUAUUGUGAGUAAGAGUUGGUCAUGGCACUCUAUGCCAAGCCUUCAAGCACUGAAGUGAACGUGUCCAAUACUAGCAAUGCGCUGCGAGCAUUCGGAUUUUCGCCCUCAUUGAAACCUCGGUGAACCAAAAAAAGAAAAAAAAAGGCACUUCCCAUUAUAAGGGCAACAAGGCUCCAGACGUUCACGUCUUUUUCAGUUUGUAAUCGGUUUCCUCCAAAGGUUUUCUUAAUCGGACCGCGGUGACAUUUGCUCCUAAUUUGCAGGACAGACUCGACGACGACAUCGGCUCCACAAUGACUUGGCGUAUGCUGACCGUGGCGGCAGCGAUAUCUGCACUCUGGCUAACGACGGCGGCAGUCAGCGCCAGUCUGGCGUCCGCCCUCGAGGGUCCAGGAGGAGGUGGGUCCAGCUGCCGGCUUCAGGAGACGAGCAUCCGCAUCACGCGCGACCACAGCGACGACCAAGGAAGCCCCGUGCGCACCUGUGAGGGCACUGUACUCGUGAGUCGCUGCGAGGGAACCUGCGUGUCCCAGGUGCAGCCGUCCAUCACGCUGCCACACGGAUUUCUCAAGGCAUCAUCGCCACACUUUGGAACAUCGGAGUGCAACUGCUGCCGAGAGACCUACAUGAACCGGCGCGAGAUACAGCUGCAAGACUGCUUCGACCCCAACGGUCAAAAACUGUACGGUGCUGACGGAAGCAUGACCAUAUUCCUCGAAGAGCCCCAGGACUGCUCCUGUCACAAGUGCGGAGGUUGAUGCGGAAAUGCCGCGGUUCCACCAAGCGCCCCGGCGGAAUACUGCAUAACUCAUAACAAUGCUUAGCGUAGUUCCUUCUAGCGCAUGCUUGCUAUCUAUCUGUGCCACGAGCCCGGAAUUGGGUGCAAACAAAAGUGGAGUUAAAUGUUUUCAGAUUCCGUUGCUCUAUGGGUGUCGUUACCGAAAAAAGUGUGCCGGGCGUGGUACAUUAACGCUUCUUUUAAUUUUCAAACCUUUCAGUCAUUGGUCUGCGUGAAGCUGUGAACCCCCCCCCCCCCCUGGCUGUGAUACGCCACUAAGAAGAACUGGCGAUAAAAAAAAAUAGGACAGAAACAAUAUUGCAAAACAUGGUAUUAGAGCUGUACCGUUGAGAAAUUCAGUACAGACAUCAUUUAUUCGCGACAAUAGCUGGAAAUUCGAAACUGCUUCUGUAACCCUAAGCCUCAGGCAAAAGCCUAGAGCUCGCUGAUGUUGAAGUGCUUAUUAAGCGUGGUCAGCAGCAUGCCACCUUCAUGUAGUCAUGUCAGCUGUACAGUGAAUAAACCGUGUUCCCAGAAAUAACGUGUGACUUGCAUGUGACCACCUUCGGCCCCAAUAUAUGUGAUUCACUUGAUGUAUAAUUAGUGGACGUGUAUGUUUUGUAUUGUGACAUUUAUUGUAAGCUACAUGUUCUUUAUGGCUGAAGAAUGCAAAUGAGCAUCGCGCAAUAAAUGCAUGGAAAUAAGCCAAUUUUCGCGCUCCGUCUGUAUACUGUGUAGGAUGUUUUAUUUGCAUGUCUACUCAUCUGUCCGCACCAAUGCUUCACGGCUAUUCUACAAGGACACACAGGUGCUGCUGUAAAAGGCGUAUUUAAUUCGAACACCCUACAAAAUCUACCUUCUUUUUUCGCACCCGUUCGGUAAGACCACUUUCCUAUUGGUUAAAUUCCUAUGCUAUGCUUACAAGUCGAGGCUCCGUAAUCACGCAAAACCCUGCACAGUGCUGGGGUGAAUGAAACAGAAAGCAGAACCACUCGAAUCAGUUCCGUUUUGCAGUGAUUAUGGAACGGUCAUUGGGUGCAAUGUGCCCGCCUAGACAAAGUGGCCUCUUUGUUUUGACGUUAAAAGAACGUGGCCACAGGUAGCACCGAUCGUUUUUCCGAUAAUUACGAAUUCGAAACUAUCGGCUUUUCAUAAUAUUCUCGAAGCUUUUUCAUUGCCCGUCGUGUUGCCUUAAUCAGUGCUACCCUCUGCCGCUGACCAUGAAAUCACGAGUUUUGUUUUUGUUCCCGGAGUAAAAUGCGAAAUCUCGGGAUACCUUACAUUUACGUGCAAAUGAAAAAUGUCAUGGUGGUAAAAAAUUAACGACGAUCACGGCCCUACAGUGUCCCUUAAAAUCUGCAAUACUUCCUUAUGACUUCAUUUGUAGAGUUCCUGUACUUCGUUUUCGCUGGUUCUAAAUAAUGUUAUGGAAUUCUCAGAAAAAUAAAGUUUAGGAGGUCAGACUCUAGCCUAAAACAUUGAGAUACAUAUCUUUGCGAUGAACUACACUGUGUCAUUUAGUUCUGUAACACUUUCUUCAUUGUUUUAGCU